AGAAUUUGCCCAACAUCUGUUCAGGUCACUAGAUUACUUGUGUAAAUUAGGUUGGUAUUACCUGUGGGUGUAAAUAUGGCUGCUUUGAGUUUGCAGUAUACGUUGCAGGCUGCAAAACACCAAGUUGGUGCUGCAGCAACCAUCACCUACCUUCAUGCAACAUAUUCCACUGAUGUCCGAACCAUAAACAAUCCAAGUUUAUCUGCACUUAAAAGAGGUACUGGUGGAAGAUCCAGUUUCAAUGGCAUUGUUGCAACUGUAUUUGGAGCAACAGGUUUUGUGGGUCGGUAUGUCUGUAAUCGUCUUGGCAAAAUAGGAACACAGCUAAUUUUACCAUACCGUGGUGAUCAUUAUGACAAUCUUCGUCUUAAGCUGGUUGGUGAUUUGGGACAAGUAUUGUUUGUACCAUAUGAUUUACGGGAUGAAGAAUCAAUUUACAAGGCGAUUCAGUAUUCAAAUGUUGUGAUCAACCUGGUUGGGCGCGAUUGGGAAACCAGAAAUUUCUCAUUUCAUGAUGUCCAUGUACAAGGAGCAAGGACCCUUGCUCGAUUAUCGAAAGAAGCAGGAGUAGAAAAAUUUGUUCAUGUAUCAGCAUUGAAUGCUAGCAGUAACCCAAAGCCUAUUAUUCUCAAAAAUGGCUCCAAAUUUCUACAAAGCAAGUACUAUGGAGAACUUGCUGUGAAGGAAGAAUUUCCAGAAGCUAUUGUCUUCCGGCCAGGUGUAAUAUUUGGACAAGAAGAUCGCUUCCUUCGCUCAUAUACUAAAUCCUUGCGCAACCAGAUGAGAGGAAUACCGCUGUGGCGAAAGGGACAAGACACAGUAAAGCAGCCUGUCUUUGUGUCCGAUGUCGCAAUUGCAAUUGUAAACGCUAUCAAGGAUCCUGAUGCUGUAGGCAAGACAUACCAAGCUGUUGGGCCCAAGCGUUAUUUUCUGGGAGACCUUGUCGAUUGGUUCUUUGCAGUAAUGCGCAGGGACCGUAAGUGGGGUUACUUCCGGUAUGACAUGCGAUUUGACCCCAUAUUUUUAGCCAAGACAUUGUUUAUGCAAAACAUCUCACCUGGUUGGCCUUUUGGUCUUCUGCACUUUGAAGGACUAGAACAGCAACAUACGACUGACACCGUACUUCCUGGGGUGCCAACACUAGAAGAUCUGGGUGUCACACUUACCAAGAUGGAGGACCAGGUGCCAUGGGAGUUGAAACCAUGGCGUGCCGCUGCCUAUUAUGAUGAAGAGCUAGGAGAGUUUGAUAAACCGCCACCACCAAAAGAAGCAUUUGUUUAGCUCAGCUAUCAAACGUUAUAUUCACAGUAGUUAACUAAAAGAUAAAACAGACAGCAAUGUUACACAUGACAAAAAGGUGUCUGAAUUGUUUCAAAGUUAACAAAUAGAAAGGACAUGUUUCAUCAGAAAUGUCUUUUUAAACAGAAGUAUUGUGUUGAGAGCACUUAUGUAUAAAUUGUUAAUAAAACUUGUUCAUACUUA